CGUUCGCGUUACGGUUUGCACGUGCCGUGGUGCGCUCCUCGCCGAAUGCCGUUCUCCUCUCCGUAUCAUAUCGCAAAGGGUGCGGUCUCCGAGCCUCUGAUAUCGGAGCCACUUUUUCCUCUCCCUUUCCCUCCCUGCCUCCCACGCACCCCCCCUCCCCAUCGAGCCCUAGAUUCUCUCCCAAAAAAAAAAAUCUAAUAUCUCUUCGCUUCGAUCGCAAAUGGCCAAUGCUGCAUCAGGGAUGGCUGUGAAUGAUGAUUGUAAGCUGAAAUUCUUGGAGUUGAAGGCCAAGAGAACUUAUCGUUUCAUAAUCUAUAAGAUUGAAGAGAAGCUGAAGCAGGUCAUCGUGGAGAAGGUUGGCGAACCCACUCUGAGCUAUGAGGACUUCACUGCCGCCCUUCCUGCAGAUGAAUGUAGAUAUGCUAUCUAUGACUUUGAUUUUGUUACCGAGGAGAACUGCCAGAAAAGCAAGAUCUUCUUCAUUGCAUGGUCACCUGACACAUCAAAAGUGAGAAGUAAGAUGCUUUAUGCAAGCUCAAAGGACAGAUUUAAGAGGGAGUUGGAUGGCAUCCAGGUGGAAUUGCAAGCAACUGAUCCAACGGAAAUGGGACUGGAUGUCAUCCGAGGCCGUGCCAAUUGAGUUGCAUUACCAGGUUGUGUGAUGGAGACUUACUCCUCUUAGUCUGUUUGCUUAAGUGAAAUGUUUAUAGUUUCUUGUAAUGGUGAAGUUGCUGCGUAUUAUGUGGGUUGCUGUUCAGGUGAUUAUAAUUCAAUGAUCUUUGUCCUCCAAAACAGUGUUGCUUAUGGGUAUACCGUAUGAAUUGCUAUUCUGUGGUUUUUAUAUGAUGGAUAUUUUCUUGUAGAGCGAUGUCUACAAGCUCAUGAUAUGUGACUGUGGUGGUAGCCAGAUAGGCAAAACCUUUGUUUCCUUUGAAAUGGAUGCUUGACCACUCUAGUGUUAUUUUUGUUUUAAUUGCA